CGGCAUGUCCAUGCGGCCCACGGAAUUUCCCGUCUGUGUCCCCAGUGAGUGGCCGGUGAUAGCACAACAGGACGCGUCCAUCGCAGUGCUUCAAUCUGCAGUCCGCCAAACGUGGAUGGCCAACUCCGAGACGACCUACUUAGAAACUUGCCGAUUUCUCAAAUCCCUACCACCGCGCGAGCGGCACAGGCAAUAUCCGAAUCCUUUACGGUAACAAUCUUGACACCGACCACAAAUGUCGGAAUUUACUGCGGAAGACGAGAUCCGAUAUCCCUCGGGGUUUGGAUUAGGCGACGUCGUCGGCUGGGGAACUACUGGCAUGGUCGUUCUCGACAAGUUCUCUAAUACUGUUAUUAAGGUACCCUUCGACCAUAAUAGCGAGGAGUGCCUUCUACGCAUGCAGAGAGAACGCGAGGUAUACGAAAGAUUCGCACGACGCGGCGGCCAUCAGGGGCUUCUAUCUUACCAUGGCGUCUUCGAGUCAGGCAUCCGCUUGGAGUACGCCUCUCGUCACAACCUGCGGUUGCACCUUGGAGCCAGCGACGUCAGUACUGCGCAGCGGUUACGCUGGGCCAUUCAGGUUGCAGAGGCUAUCAAAUUUGUCCACGACGCCGGCGUCAUCCAGGGAGUCUUAACAUGUGCAAACAUCUUCCUAGAUGCCUGCCUUAACGCGAAGGUGGCCGACUUUGCCGGGUCGUCAAUAGAUGGCUCCCCACUACUAGUUAUUGUCACCGAGAGCCACGAAUUUCCAGGGCCUCGCCUGUCCGUCCAGGCCGAUCUAUUCGCGCUCGGCAGUGUACUCUACGAAAUCAUGACCGGUUACCCUCCUUACGAAGAAUUGGACGACACAGAGAUCCGUGCCCUAUAUCUGAAUCGGAAAUUUCCUGAGACUGCAUCUCUUGGUGCAAUUGGGACCAUCAUCGAGCAGUGCUGGCAAGGCAACUACUCUGGGGCUGAAGCAGUUGUCGAGAAGCUCUACAUGACGUACGGACAUGGCGUGUGCUGUUCGAAGAUGUUGUAGAUGGCGUUCUCUCGCUCUAUCUCGCCCGCGCCUACAUCUCUAGGAUACUUGACCCACAAUGCUUUCGUUGAUCCGGUAAACCCAGGAGAUGGCGCCCAUGGAGAGGAACUGCGACUUGGAGACUUUGCGGGACAGCCGUACCACGAUCGGGCCCG